AUGUCUCUUCACACCACCCAACUCAACGCCUUGACUCAUACCCCAGAGACCGCUCUGAGGUUGCCAAUCCAGCUACCAUAUUAUCAUAGCGCAUUGUACAAGAAUUCAUGGGGAUUGAACUGGGAAUACCUAUAUAGACAAGACCGAGCAUUCGCCAAUCGCAGCCUUUAUCGGUUCCCAAUCCCACGUCCACCAUUACCACCACACAUGGCGAGCCAAGAGAGAAGACCAAUCCUCCUACCAAACGAAUAUCUUGACCACCAUGUCGUGAGCAGAUUACCCAUCGAUCCACCACUAUCCCAGUUGGUGUACGAACCAGAGCCAGAACCGCGAGUGUCGAAGUGGGUGUACUUUUGGCAUUCCUUCAAUGCUGCAGUGCCGAUCUGGGCAUUACAAAAAGCCUGGAGUUCUGUUUGGGGUUGGGUUAUUGAAGGUAUUCGAGCACCUGUUAAUGUUGCUGUGUGGGUUUGGGAAAGCAUAAAUUGGUAUGCCAUCUUCUGGUUGAUGAUAUCGUUCCAGGUCGUGAAAGUCGUGGUGCCGGCCUUUGCUUUGGAUGAAGAAGUAGAGCAGCACACCUCAAAGCCUUUGUACGUCCUAUUUAUCCCAAAGGAAGAAUGGGCGAGUAAGUUAGCCUACCGUGCUAGAAGUAACCUGCUAAGUCAAUUCACAGGAACCGGACCUAUGUUAGGAAAUUGUUGCUGAAUAGUGUUACCAUGAAUGUGAACAAAGUUCUUAAAAAUAAGAUUGAGAUGGGUAUUGCGAGGAAAGAGGGGUGUAUGGAAAGACGCGGGAAACAAGUCGACAGUUAUUGGGAUUGA